ACCGAAGAGGAAGCAACAUCCAUACACUGAUCCUAUCCAGGAGUAAAGCUCGUCUUCCCUCGUCUGCUUCUUUGGGUAUCAGGUAUGAGGCUGCGACAGUGGUGCAUUAUGGGGUUGACCGUGUUGCUGCUGCUGUGUGAGAUCGCCGUCAGUCAGCUGUGUAAGUCUCUCAUCACCAUGGUGGACGGCUUCCAUACACUUUUCAUCCUUUUCCACAUGGCUCUCCACCAGACUGAGGGCUUCGUCAAACCUCGCACCCGCUCCUCGGAUUCCUCCCCAUUUUCUCCGCUUGCCUCCUCCUCUUCCUCGGGGGCUCUUCCUCCUCCUUCACAUUCAGGUCCACCUGCUGAACUUCCACCCAGAGCUCAGUCCACCAGAGAACAGCCCCACCGAGACCCGGCUGCACCGAUUGACUCUCAAAAACAUUUUUCCCCUGCAGCUCCGAGCUGCGGUCUGUCGUUCCCCGACAGCAGGAAGCGGGCUGUGGGUGUUUUCAUUUCCUACCUCCUCCUGGUCUCUCUGUGCGUUGCCUACUUCUUGGAAAUCAUGGGCUUCAUGGUGAAGCCCCACCCGGUUCACCACCCCCUGCUGCCAGUGGUGGUUGGAGCUGGGAGUCUGCUCCAUAAGAUGCUGCUGUUUGUCCUGGACUGGGAUGAGCUGCUGGAUAAGAAGGCAGGGAGCUGCAGGCGGCGGGUGGAGACUGAACCUCACCUUGAAAUGAACUACAAAGUCUGUGCUGCAGAGGAGUCCCAAGGCCAAGACGAAGAGGAGCUCUCUGUCCCGUGCAAAGUUCAAACUGCAGCACCUCGCUGCCUCCACAGCGAGGUGCUUGUCCUCUGUAAUCCAGGAACUCCCAACCUGCCUCACCACGACUGCAGAACGGCGCUACAGCUGCAGGAAGCCACUGACGGAGAGAACAGUGCUGCACAUUUAAAGAAAGAGAGUCUGAACUACCACCUGUGCAUGGGGCAUCCUGACAGCCAGAAUACACACAAACCCUCUUCAGCGGACAAGCCAUCACCAGGAUGGAGCUGCCGCUGGGCCCUCUGCCUCCUGUCCUUCGUCUUCGUCAUCCAGGGACUCUUCACAUCCCUCCUGGCUCUGAUCAACAGCCUGGUGAUGCUGGUCGUUCCACAGCUCCUGCACGGCUCUGGAGCCUGCAGCAUCCUGGUUUAUCUGGACCCAGGCCUCUCCAUGCUGGCUGUCAUCACGCUGAUUGCAACGUCUAUGCCGCAGGUGUACAGGUACGGCAUGCUGCUUCUUCAGGCCUCUCCUCCACACAUGCGUGUGUCUGAUGUCGGCCGGAGGCUUGCCGGCGUUCCCGGGGUGCAGGCUGUGCACGAGCUCCACGUCUGGCAGCUAGCUGAGUCGCUCACAGUGGCGUCUGUCCACGUUCACUGCCACACUGGGUUCCCGUCGAACAGUUAUGCUGAUCUGAUGGCAGGAGUCGCCAAAGUGCUGCAGAACGAGGGUGUGAGCUGCAGCACUAUUCAGCCAGAGUUCACGUCCUCCUCUCCCUCGAUCAGAGGAGAUGAAGCCGCCACCUUGGUCCACAGAGAGGACCUCUGCUCUCGUCCUCUCCCACGCUGCAGCCUGGCCUGUGGGAAAGCCUGUGCUGCCAGUAUGUGCUGCUCCCUCCUGGAGGAGACGGAGGAGCAGACCCGGAGCGUUCAGAGACCAGGAACUGGAGAGAGCCAGGAGGAUCCUCAGACUCUGGUCAUCGAGAACACAUUCCUCUGACUCUCUGUUUUUACCUGAUAAGAAGGUAAAGGCGGAAAAACGUGUUUUUCUCUGUUAGUUUUAUUAUAUAAACAGGUGUUAUUCCAAAGAUUUUCUAUCCAUUUUUGUUUCUUUAAUUGAUUAUGGAAAAGCUGUACUUUUUCAAUUUCAUA